ACGAUCUGCCGGUAAUGUCCAUCCGCGCCUUCACGCUUCCCUGAUCACACCCCCAGUUAAGAGAACUAGAAGAAAAUACGACAGUUCAUUUUUCAUUCAUGAUUCUUAUGAAAUACAGGUGCUAUAGCUGUGUGAGCAGAUUUCUUUGAUUUAACAUCCUCAUCUAGUUAGCAAAGGAUAAUCAGCUACUUCUAGAAUGAUGGUUGCCUUGAAAUACCUUUCGAUUGCUUUCUUUUAUCACGUGGUUUCCGGACACAUGGGUCGGGACCACUCAGGCGCCAGUCGAUGGUAUCAGAGAACGGUGAAAAUCAAGGACCCGUUUGAUAAAUUUACUGAAGAAUCACUGGCCCUUGGUCCCCAGCUUUCACUCCCAAAGCCUGGUGAGAGUGGUUUUAGCAGGUCAAACUCUAUGUUACCGCCGACAACUGUACCACCAACAUUAGAUCCGUUCCUGAAUUAUGACUAUGGGUUGGAUUAUCCAUCCGUGACUGCAGCCACCUCUACUACAGACAAAAGCAGGAAAACCACGACCAAAACGUCACAGUCGGAUAGUAUGAUGCAGAAACUAGAAUUUAUCAAUCCAGUGCAAGGGGACGCCUUUUCGGUCACAUUCAAUCCUUUACCGACUCUGCCGUACCCUUCACAACCUGGGGAAUUUUUGAAUCUUGAGAGAACAAAGCUUUAUCCAGAAUCUUACGAAAAUAAACACAAUUUGGGAACUUUCAAAGAUUCCCAAAGUAACACUUUGCACAAUGACAUUGACUUUUUCGCAAAGUUGAAAAACGAAAGGAAACGUAUUCUUGCAGAAAGACUUGUACAAAACAUCGAGAAGCCCCUUGAUUUUCGUGCUAAAAAUAACUUUGUGGACCCUCUCUGGUUGUAUCUUCUGGCGUCACAAUAACUUUGAAAUAUGACGUCACAAUCUACAAACUAAUGUAUUUUCUGUGAUACGUGCAAUAUAAUUUGUUGUACAAAGAAUGAGAUGUAACGCUUAUCACUUAGCCACUGGUAGGGUGUUCAAAUUAGAUGCUAAAUGUUUCACAUACUGUUAAAAUUUGUAUAGUUAAUAUAGCAUAAUGGGAGAUAUGAAAUGAAUUGUUAUACCAAUGCACAUAUUUUAUGUUUUAUUGUUUUUGUUGAUACUUUAUAGAACACGUUUUUUUCACAUUUUGUUGAUUAAAC